UAAAGCACGAUUGAGCAUAAAACGAUUGAGCAUAGACCUUUUUAGCAACACGAUUGAGCAUAGUAUAUUUUAUGCGAUGUUGCCACAUUCACGUUGCCAACAUUUUGUAAUUUAUUAUUUUCUCGUAUUAUUACACCAAUUAUUAUGAUAUCUGACGCGAGCCGUGAGCUUUAUCGACUUUAUCAAUUUUAUCGACAAUGUUAUCGAUUAAUAAAUUAGUUCCGGAGCAAAACGACGUUUUAAACAUUUAGCAUUGGGGGAAAAUAUAAGAUAAUUAAGAUACAAAUCCAAAAUUAUUAUAGAAAUAAUAUCAGUGUUCGAUCACCUGUAUAGUAUAUAGUGCGUGUAUACUUAGUGCGUUUUUCUAUUUUUUUAAAAAUAUGGAUAUAACAAUUAUUUUAUCGGAAAGAGGCAAAGAAUUGGCCCUAGUUAAUUUAUACAAGUAUAAAUUAAUUGGAGAGCGAAAAAAAGACAAUCUUUUGAGAUGGAGGUGUACUAAUAAUAAAUGUUCGGCAAUAAUGUUCUCGGGCUUAGAUAAACGUAAAGUGAUUGAAACUGCUGGACAACAUAAUCACGAUAAAAAUUCUAUUGAGAAAAUAGAAACACAAGUUUUAAGAGAAAAUUGCAAAAGAAAAGCUGAAGAAUCAAUUUCCACACGGCCACUUAAAAUUAUUCGCACCGAACUUUUAAAUUCUUCUUCAACAUCAAAUUUAAACAAUCAAAAUGUAAGAAAUGUACGGAAAGCAAUGUAUGAUAAACGGAAGCAGACCUAUCCUAAAUUACCAACUUCUUUGGAUGAAACAAUUCAUCAAUUAAGUGACUUAAAAAAUGAAGAAUGUUUUAAAUAUAAGGGUCAACAAUUCAUUUACAUGCCGACUGAUGAUAAUUUUGUAUGUUUAACUACAGAACAAAAUCUACAAUUUAUGACAAAUAAUUGUACUGAGUAUUUUGGCGAUGGCACAUUUAAUUAUGCUCCAAAAUAUUUUAUUCAAUUGUACACAAUACAUGGAUUUAAAAAUGGAUACUACUUACCACUUGUUUACUUUUUUUUACAAAAUAAAACUAGGUCUACUUAUAUUAAAAUGUGGCAAUUUUUAAAUAAUUUAUGUUUGAAAUUAUGCGAAAAAAGUUUGCAAAUUAACACAUUUCAUGUUGAUUUUGAAAUUGGAGCUCAUCAGGCAAUUACAGACGUGUUUGGAAAUAUUAAAAUAAUUGGAUGUAGAUUUCAUUUAGGACAAUCAUGGUGGAAAAAAAUUGUUGGAAAACCUUCUCUCAGAAUAGCAUACAUGAACAACAGUAAUGAACUAGGGAAAUGGUUGAAAAUGUUUUUUGGUUUGGCGUUUAUUUCCCCAGAAGAAGUAGUUGAUGCAUUUCACGAGUUAAUAUCAAUUUGUCCAAAUGAUGACGGUUUCAUAUUUUCUGAUUACAUUCUACACAACUAUAUUGAAGAUCACUGCCAGUUUCCUCCAAAUAUUUGGGCGGAAAUUCCUUCGCUAAACCCAAGAACGACCAAUGCAGCUGAAAGCUUUCAUCGCACGUACAAUUCACAGUUUUAUUCACCUCACCCCCAUGUUCAUGCAGUCGUUAGGGUAUUGAUCGAAACACAAGCGGAAACAUCGACUAAGAUCAAUUCAAUUCGACACAAGCCUGGAAAAUUACAACCCGCAAAAGAAAUUAAAAAAAUUGAAUUGAAUAUUCAAGCCUACAGCCAGUUUUUAAAUCGUAAGAAUACAGAAUCUUUAUUAAUAUAUUUAAGUCAACUUGGAAACAGAUACCAAGGUGUAUCAAUUUAAUUUAUUAUUAUCAAAAAGAUCUAGCUAUACUUAUACUGUAUUAUAAUACGAC